AUGCCGACCCCACCACCACCACCACCGAGUCAGCCAUCCUCCGACCAGGCCGACCUCUCCCUCGACGCCCACAAAGCCGCCAUCCGCGCACGCAUCUGGGCCCGGCUCUCGUCCGUGGCGCUGCCCGACUCGCGCUUCGACUGCGACCACUCGUCCUUCAUCGCCGACUUCGCCGGCUCCCCUGCCGCGACGGACCGGCUGGUGUCGGCCGUGGCCGAGUGGCGCGGCGCGCGCACCGUCUUCAUCGCGCCCGACAACUGCCUCGAGGAGCUGCGGGCGCGGGCGCUCGAGCAGCGCAAGACGGUGCUCGUGACGUCGUACGGCAUCCGGAGGGGCUUCUGGGUCGUGCGGCCCGAGGACGUCGAGGCCGACGGCAGGGGCGUCUGGUACGCGGCGACGCUGGACGGCAUGGAGAAGGUGGGCAGGCGGGUCGGGCUGGGCGAGCUGAGGGCCGGCGGGUGGAGGGUGGAUGUCAUGGUGACGGGGACGGGGGCGGUCAUGGAGGGGACGGGCGUGCGGUUCGGCAAGGGGCAUGGGUUUUUCGAUCUCGAGUGGGGGAUGCUGUUUUCGGUGGGCGCGGUGGGGGAGGGCACGGUGGCGGUGGGGGUGGUGCAUGAUUGUCAGGUUGUGGGGAGGGGGGAGGUGGAGUUGCGGCCGGAUGCGUUUGAUACGGUUUGCGAUGUGGUCGUCACGCCGACGAGGGUGUUGAGGGUGGAGGGGGCGGUAAAGCCAAAGGUGGGGAUCCUGUGGGAGCGGUUGGCGGAGGGGAUGGAGGGGAGUAUACCGCCGUUGAGGGAGCUGAGGGAGAUGCAGAGGAGGGAGGGACUGGAGAGUACGGUAGGGUUGAGGGGCGAUUAG